AACAUUUGGAACCCAGACAAUAAUUGACAGGUCCCAUUAUCCAAAGUUCUUGAGAGGAAUGGCUUCUUGGAACUCAAUCCCUCUUCAAGUUUGGUACCAAGUACUGGGUUGGUUAGCAUUCGUUUCCUGGGCUAUCAGUUGUUACCCACAAAUCAUCUUGAACUUUCGUAGGAAAAGUGUGGUGGGCUUAAACCUUGAUUACGAAAUACUCAGCUUAACAAAGCAUUCCUCCUAUCUCAUCUACAACGCUUCCCUCUACUUCAGCACUGUCAUUCAGAAGCAAUACUUGGAGAAAUACGGUUUUGAACAGAUGAUUCCUGUAGCCGCUAAUGAUGUUGCUUUCUCCACUCAUACUGUUAUAAUGACCUUAAUUUUGUUAUUCCAAGUUGCAGUCUACGAACGUGGAAAUCAGAAAUUCUCCAAAUAUGCCAUUGCAAUAGUAUCCGCGGUAUGGUUCAUUGCUGCAGUCUGUUUUUUCGUAGCAUUAUCUGACCACUCUUGGCUUUGGCUCAUCUCCAUCUUUAACUCAAUUCAAGUAUGUAUGACCCUAAUCAAAUACAUGCCCCAGGCAGUCAUGAACUUCCUGAGGAAGAGCACGGAUGGAUUCAGCAUUGGCGGGGUUCUGCUUGACUUUUCUGGAGGAGUUUUCAAUUACUCACAAAUGGCCGUCCAAUCUAUAGAUCAAGGUUCAUGGAUGAACUUCAUUGGAAACGUUGGCAAAGUACUUAUAUCCUUGGUGACUAUAUUCUAUGAUCUUGUGUUUAUGCUUCAACACUAUGCACUAUAUCCUAGGAAGAAAGCUGGAGCUUCUCCGAAAGCUAAUGACAUAAUCAGAGAGCCACUUAUCUGCCCAACUUCAACAGAUGUUGCAGAUCAACAAACAAAGAGUGUGCAGAAAUCUUCUGAUCGACCUUUACAACAAGAGGAGGUGUAAGGUGUAGGCUAUAUACAUAGCAUGAAGAGUGCAGCACACCGAGCUUGAACUAGCCAUAGUAAAAUUUGCCAGUGAGGUUGUAGUAAUUGUCACUCUUAAGUCCCUGAUUUUAGUUCGUGUUGUUGUGGGACAGGGACUUUCAGGAUCUGAAACUGCUUUGUAAUUCCUUUAAAUAGCGUUAUUGUUAUUUGGUGUAGUACAUUUAACGAACAGAAUUUGCAUUAGUGUUAUAAAUUAUACUCUCUUUUAGUAUAAGAGUUAGUUGACUAAUUUAAGUA